AUGGCGUCUAUCCGGGCCAACUGCCGCAAGAUUAUGUGCAUCGGCCGCAAUUAUGCGUACGUUGGCCUCUUCCAUUUUCCCCCUCCGAAGUUCGCGACAGCGGGCUGGCUUGAUGAUCACAUCACUGAGCUGAACAAUACCACACCAAAACAGCCGUUCUUCUUCCUCAAGCCCGCGUCCUCGAUUCUCCUCCCCGGCGCCGGUCCGGUCCUCCGCCCCAAAGGCGUCAGCCUGCACUAUGAAGUGGAAUUGGGUCUAGUGAUAGGGAAGACGCUACGGGAUCUGGAUCCGCAAGAUCACAAGGGGGCGCUGGAUGCCAUCCAUAGCUACAUCCUCGCCAUCGAUAUGACAGCCCGCAAUGUCCAGGACGAAGCCAAGAAAAAGGGCCUGCCCUGGUCCAUCGCCAAGGGCUUCGACACCUUUCUGCCCAUCUCCCGGGAAAUCGCCAAGUCGCGCAUCCCCGACCCGCACGAGGCGUUUCUGCGUCUUCGUGUCGGCCAGGCUGAGCGCCAGGCCGAUUCCACGAGCUUGAUGCUCUACCGUAUCCCGCAGCAGCUGGCUCAGAUCUCGCGCGUAAUGACUCUGGAGCAGGGGGAUAUUGUGCUCACGGGGACGCCGAAGGGUGUGGGUGAGGUCAAGGCUGGGGAUGUAAUGAAGGCGUCGAUUGAGGUUGGUGGAAAGGAGAUUGAGGAAGGGAGAAUCGAGGUUGAGGUUAAGGAUCGUGAGGGGAGGUAUGAGUUUAAGGAGACUUAG